GAGCGUAAAUGCGUUUAGAAUCUGAUCUUUAUCUUUUACGCGAUGGAAAUAAAAAAAAAAAAAAAAAAAAAAAAAAAAAGAAGAAAAAAUAGAAAAAAAAAAGAAAAAAAAUAGAAAAGAAAGAAGAAAAUAAUGUUACAAUUUCGUAGCUGAAAGCAAAAUACCAUUUGAUCGGCAUCGUUUGUCUGGUAAAUUAAAUGUCACGUCAGUUGUAUACCGUACGUCCACUCGCGUUCGUCGGUUUUUUUUUAAAAAUUCCUCCGUCUGCAAACAGGGCAACGUUGUGACGUUAUAGACGAUGAAAAAAGAUCCCUCGACAUUUUUUUGUUCCAAACAUUAAAGUUCUUAAUUUCUGGUUAUAAAUCGAACAUUCUCUAUUUUUCCUUCAUUGUCGGAUCGUCAUAUGUCUAUGUUUAUCUUCAAAUAUGACAAAUUUAUUAUUACAUUCUUUUCUUUUGAAUGUUGCCGGCAACGUUUUUAUCCCUAAUGGAAGUUACGAAAAAACGAUCGACGCUACGUUAAACAUCUUAAUGUCCUGUAGAGCAGUGACCGAAAAUAAAUUUCUAUUCGCCGGCGAAUAUACCGACGUUUUAAUUAAUCAUCGCCAUUUUUUCGGACAAACUACAAUAGCACUAGUGGCAGAAUCCAAAAAUUCGACUUUCGAUCCGUUCACUUUGGCUCAGUAUUCAUUUUUUAUUUACAAACAAACGUAUCAGAAAUUCGUAAAAUUUCUUUACAGACUUCGUAUAUUCGUCGUGAUUACUUCCUCCCAACCGAUUCUUAAAUUGACCUUGAAAAGAAUAAAGGAAACUACGUGGGCUAAUAACUAUGGAUAUUAUAUUCUAAUAGAUAAGAAGACAGCUAAACGUGGUUGUGAUAACGCUAAAUCGUAUCUUUGGACAGCUUGGCAAUUUGAUAUUUUAUAUUCGAUAUUUAUCUGCGUUGAUCCUGUCGAAGGUGUUCUACUUUAUUCUUACGAUCCUUAUACAGGUGAAACGUCAAAUAAUUGGAAGGAGAUCGAAAGAAUAUCUGGACGUAAUGGACAUCCUUGGCUUUUACUUCAAAAGAGAUAUGACAAUGAAUCAACAAUUUGUGAAUUUAAAGAAAUUAAUCGAGUCAAUACAUUUCACGGUUACGAAGUAAGAUUGUGCGCGAUAAAUACACCACCAUUUUUAUAUAUACAGAAUAAUAUCACCGGAUUGGAUAGAUUUAAAGGAUAUGACAGCUUGAUAGUACAAACGAUUCUUAAAAAGCUUAACACUACUAUAAAUAUAACGGUAAAGAAUCUUAUGUUAGGUGGUAUCGAUAAAUAUGGAAGUAUGACAGAUUUAUUAGAAGAAGUUGCAAAUGGUAUUUGUGACGUAGGAAUGAAUUCCAGAAGUUUCACCAUGAUGUGGCAUCUGAGUUAUACCUAUCCACACGAUGAAUCUGGUUUAUGCGUUAUGUCUCAAGCAAGUGUCGAAGUUCCGGAGUUAAGAAAAUUUAUGAUGCUUUUGACGCAACCCUUCAUGUUAGGCAUGUUGAUAUUCUGCAUAAUUACUCUUCUGAUCAUGACGAAAAUCGAUGGAUUCUUUGAAGCCUUCUUAAAUGUAGAACGUUUGGUAGUAUGCGUCGCCAUAUUGCGCCCGCCAAAAAUAAAUUCUUAUAGAAUUUAUAUCUGUAUGAUAUUUAUACUCUCCUUAACCGCAAAUGCCGUUUUUCAAAGUCAAUGGUAUACAUUAUUAAUGGUGCCUCAAUUCUAUUCGAACAUUGACACUUACGAUGAUCUUAAGGGUUCUGGAUAUGAUAUAUACGGGACUAUAAGUUUCAAAGAUUUGGUCGGUGAAGAGUUGGAAUCUCGUUUUCAUGAAUCAUCUUAUUUUGAUUGCUUUGAGAUAGUUAAAAAUACAAGCAACUCUGUAUGGAUAUCGGAAUGUCUUAAUAUACAUUACAGAUUAAUAAACGAAACAAAUCUGUACAUUUCGAAAUCUAAAAUAAGAGAAUUCGUGGCAUCGUUUAUAGCGAGAGAAAAUUGGCCGAUCUUCAGAACGUUCAAUAAAUAUUUGCAAAGAUUAGUUGAAGCUGGUCUGGUCUCUAUGUGGAAAAAACAAACUAUCGCGUUUUUGCAUCAACAAAUGCAAUUGAAAAUAAUGAGCUCGACCGAAUUUAAAGUUCUUAAAUUUAAACAUCUUGAUUUUAGUUUUUAUAUACUUGCAAUAGGCAAUGCUUUUGCUAUUUUCGUUUUUCUCAUGGAAUUGAUGGUCCAUCGAUAUCGUAACAAUAUCAAUGGGAUAAUUAAAAAGAAUCGUUUGUUGAAAUCAAAUCGUGCUAAUUGUUUCAAAAAAGUUCCGUCGAUAUAAAUAUUAAAAUUUUACUUAUUAGCUUUAAUCUUGAUGUUUCAAAUUGAUUCUUUUUUUUCUUUUUUUCAUUUCUCUUUCUUCUUUUUUCUUUUUUUUUUUCUUUUUUUAACAAUCUAU